CAGAAUAGCAGCUCCGUCCUAGCUCCGCGCCUCGGAGUUCGGGAACCCCUUCAAGGAGGAUGGAGACCCACAGACCUGGAGGCGCGCCUGCGCACUAAGCCACUGAUCCCCUUUCCCUGUUCCCGCUCGCAAGCGGCGCGCCACUGCGCAAGCUUGAGGUGGGAGAGGGCGGAGACAGAGCGAGAAUCCCCACGCUUGCAGGGGCCGCCGUUUGCGCAUGCGCUCUUCGCUGGCGCAGACUCAGUGUGAGACCGUUCUCUUCCAGCCGUCCCAAGGGGCGGAGUCUGACGCGCAGGAUGAUGACGCCAGCGCUGACGCUAGCGCCAGCGACUGCGACCAGGGCUUCUUGGGAUGGCGGCUGGGACUGGCGGCAAAGAGACCCCGGCAGCAGGGCCUGCAGUACCCCCCUAAGAAGACAGAAGUUUUAGACAGUCCUCGGGAAGUUGUUAUGGCUCUUCCCCACGUGCAGCCGCCAAGUUUCUUACUGGCGAGUCUGAAGGCGGACUGUGUGAACAAGCCCUUCACCCAGCGCUGCCACGAUCUAGUGAAGGUGAUCGACGACUUCCCGGCCAAGGAGCUGCACUACAUUUUCCCAUGGCUCGUAGAAAGUAUUUUUGGCAGUUUGGAUGGCAUUCUGGUUGGCUGGAACCUCCGGUGCCUGCAGGGAAGGAUGAACCCCAUCGAGUACAGUAUUGCAAUGGAGUUUCUAGACCCCAGUGGGCCGAUGAUGAAGCUGGUGUACAAGCUCCAGGCUGAGGACUACAAGUAUGAUUUUCCUGUGUCCUACCUUCCUGAGCCCGUGAGAGCAUGCAUCCAGGAGCGGGUCCUCCCGGAGUGUCCGCUGUACCAUAACAAGAUCCAGUUCCCCCCCGCGGGCGGCCAGGGCCUGCACUUGGCCCUCAACCCUUUCGAGUACUACAUGUUCUUCUUCGCCCUGAGCCUCGUCACGCAGAGGAGCUUUCCGAUGUCGGUUCAUGUCCGAACUUCCGACUGUGCCUAUUUCAUCCUGGUGGACCGCUACCUGACGUGGUUCUUACCCACAGAAGGCAAUGUCGUCCCUCCCCCUUCGACCACCCUGGGGUGCUCCGUCCCUUCUCCCACUCCCAGGACCCCCGCAGUGCCUUUUUCCUCGUAUGGGCUGCACCACACGAGCCUGCUGAAGCGGCACAUUUCUCACCAGCCCUCGGUGAAUGCGGACCCUGCCUCCCAGGAGAUCUGGAGGUCGGAAACGUUGCUCCAGGUCUUUGUGGAAAUGUGGCUUCACCAUUAUUCCCUGGAGAUGUAUCAGAAGAUGCAGUCCCCUCACGCCAAGCUGGAGGUUCUUCACUACCGACUCAGUGUCUCCAGUAGCCUCCACAGUUCUCCUGCCCAACCCAGCUACCAGGCCCUCCACGCAUACCAAGAAUCCUUUAAGCCCACAGAGGAGCACGUGCUGGUGGUGAGACUGCUCCUGAAACACCUGCAUGCCUUCUCCAACAGCCUGAAGCCGGAGCAGCUGUCCCCGUCCACACACUCGCACACCGCCAGCCCCCUGGAGGAGUUUAAACGAGUGGUCAUCCCUCGCUUUGUCCAGCAGAAGCUUUACAUCUUCCUGCAGCACUGCUUUGGCCACUGGCCCCUGGACGCCUCUUUCCGAGCAGUCCUGGAGAUGUGGUUGAGUUACUUACAGCCCUGGAGAUACGCGCCGGAGAAGCCCUUUCUGGCCACGGACCCUCAGCCUCGGAGCAUUCCCGAGAAGUGGGCGCCUUUUGUGCAGGAGAACCUGCUGCUCUACACCCGGCUCUUCAUAGGCUUUCUCAACCGUGCCCUACGCACUGACCUGGUGAGCCCCAAGAACGCGCUCAUGGUGUUCCGCGUGGCCAAAGUCUUCGCCCAGCCCAAUCUGGCAGAGAUGAUUCAGAAAGGAGAGCAGCUGUUCCUGGAGCCGGAGUUGGUCAUGCCACACCGCCAGCAUCGCGUCUUCAUGACGCCAAACUUCCCGGGGAACCUCCUGUCCUCGUGGCCCCCCACCAUCACAGACGCGUCCUUCAAGGUGAAGAGCCACGUGUACAGCCUGGAGGGCCAGGAGGGCCAGUACAAGCAGAUGUUUGGCCCCGAAGUCCGCGCCUUGGUCCUGAGACUAGCCCAGAUGAUCGCGCAAGCCAAGCAGACGGCAAACUCGCUCUCCGACUACUCGAAUGAGAUGUCGGCCAACCGGUCCUUCUUCUCCUGGCUGGGCUUCCGACACGUCGAUGUGAAUGGUACCUUCAGCGCUAACGACCUCGACGAACUGGGCCAGGACAGCAUCAAGAAGACCGAUGAGUACCUGGAGAAGGCCCUGGAGUACUUGGGCCAGAUAUUCCGGAUCAGCGAGGCCCAGCUGACUCAGGUCAUGGUGAACGUGGGCGCCACUCCGGACGAAAAUGGAAAGAAGCAGCUCCCCGACUGCAUCAUGAGCGACGAGGGGCUCGUUCUCACCCCGCUGGGCCGAUACCAGAUCAUCAACGGCCUGCGCAGGUUUGAAAUCGAGUACCAGGGGGACCUGGAACUGCAGCCCAUCCGCAGCUACGAGGCGGCCCCUCUGGUGCGCCUGCUGUUCCGGGUGUCCUCUGCCCUGAAUCGGCGGUUUGCAGGCCAGAUGGCAGCGCUGUGUUCACGGGAAGACUUCUUGGGCGCCUUCUGCCGCUACCACCUGAUGGACUUGGUCCAGGCCCAGAGGACCAGGCUGAGCCCCGUGGCGCCACACCGGGCCGGCCGCCCCCACGGUCCGCGGAUCAGCCUGCGCUUCCUGGGCAGCUACCGGACGCUGGUCUCGCUGCUGACCAUCUUCUUCGUCGCGUCCCUGUUCUGCGUCGGGCCGCUGUCCUGCAUAGUCCUCAUCCUCGUGACCUACCUGCUCUACGCCAUCACGAUGACCGUCAUCACGCAGAACAUCAAGCCCCACCAGCCCUGAGCUGGCCGGCCGCAGUCGUGGGCACCCGGCUGAUGUCACCACGCUUUUUGUAACGUAUUUUUUUAGUAAUACAGCCGUGCACAUUGGACAAGCCACUGUUGUGUGGGCAGCUGGAGGCCAGACGCACAGCCUGUCCGCAUUGUGUGGACCAACGAACGGGUGCCCUCUGGGACUGGGGCCGGGCGGAGGGGGCACGGGGGGCCGCUUCAUGGGGGUUUGGGGGCCCUGGUUUGCGCACAUCCCGGGCUGGGCUCGGGGUGGGGAGGGGCACGAGCGCCGCUUCUUCUGGAUGGCCGCCGGGCCGGGGCCUUGCUGUGCUCGGCUUGCCAGGCAGUCGGUCACGAGCCCUCUGGAGUGCUGGGGACGCGGGCUUUGUCCUCCUCAGAUUUUAUCCCUUCCCCCUCCCCUUCGGGUCCUUCUGGACGCUGGGGACGGAGGCCCGGGAGGAGGUCAGGCCAUUAGAACAGCGGCAGGAGGGGGGAGAGGAGACGUUCCCAGCCCAGGUCCUGACCCUGGGCUGCCAGAGAGCGGGGAAUGCCCCGAGGACCUCGAUGCUCGGCUCUGCUCAGAGGGGGCCGCGGGACAGGAGCAGCUUGCAGGGAACCCUAACGUGGUGGGCUGAACCCGCCUCGGCAAUGAGGGCUGCCCGUGGCAUGGAUUUCCCCAUCAUAGACCGACCCCUGAAGGGAUGCCCCAAGCCUGCCAUCGCCUCUCCUCCCAGCUCAGUGUGGCUGAGAUGGGGGGCUUCUUCCUCCUUCCCCCGGGAUGGGCAGCUUCCCUUCGAGGUCGUGGAGCCCUGUAUUUUUUGAAUACAAAACCAGCCUUGGUAGGGAAAGUAGACAAUCACACUCACUCACGCGAGGGGACGAGACACGCUCGAGUGCCUUCCCGACCUUGUAGCCUCAGUGGCAUUCAGGGUGCACCAAACUGCUUUUUACUCCAUUCAGUAGCAUUCCAUGGGGAUGCCCAGGGCUGGAGUGCCAGGGUGAUGGGCACGAAGACUACCCUGGGGGGUCCCUUUGGCUCCCCCGCUGUCCCUCUGCUCCAAAGAAAUGGAGGUGUUCUGGCAAACGACUGUCAGGUGACCUCCUUGUACGGGCUUCUGUGAUCAAACCAAAGAUGGAUCCUGCUGGAGAAGUUCUGGGCCACCCAAAGCCUUUGAGGAUGGCUUCUUGAAAGCUCAGCGAUCUGUAUCUUUCGUAUCAAACAGUGCUCAAAGCAGGUGUCACGUCCUGCGAAACUCGGCCCUGAAAUGGUGUGAUUGGCAGGGAGGGCGCCAGCACCCUGCUUUCAAUGCUCCUGGAUGGGCAGGCUGGCACGGGGCAUCCAGUGCCCCCUUGGAUCUUCGGCCAGGGACCACAGUUCCUCAGUCUCCAGAUCACAGUAGUAACCAAACCCCCAGAGAAUCACAGGAUUUAGAGCUGGGAGGCGCCUUAGGGCUCUUCAAGGAGCCACCCCCACCCCCUGUUUCAGAUGCGGAAACCGGUCCAGAGAAGCAUUUCUUCACCGAGAUGGGAUCAGAACCAUGAUUCAAAUCCCAUUUGUCCACCUCCCAGGCCAGGCCUUCCUACUAUCAUGCUGCCUCUUGUAAUUCUGAGACAUUUCUUGCUGCCUUUUUCUGUUUUCGUGCUGUUUUCUAACCCUCUUCCUAGAUCCAACACUUCCUUGUGACAAGAAACAGUUAAGCAAAAACAUUCCACAUGGAAACCUUGUCUGAUGUCAUAUGCCAUGUUCUGUCCUGGUGGGCUCCCACGGGCCGGGCUGUGGCAUUUCCAGGCUCUCCCUGGCAACAGGUGUGUGUUGGAUCUGCCACUUUCUGUGCAUCAGUGCUUGGUGGUCUACACUUGGCCUUUCUUGUGGAACCAUUUUUCCAACCCAUGAGCGUGUCUCCUUUGUUCCUGGUUCUUCUCUGUGUUCUAGAAAUAAUCUUGUGCUGUAAGAAAGAAGGAAUAUGAAUUCAGAGAAUCAUGGGAGACUGAAGUGAACCGAUGUAGCAGGAACCAGAACACGGUCUAAGAGGACAUCAAAAGGACCAACUCCUCCCUGAAGAGGAGCAGUGGAAGGACUCUUGGUGGGGAAGAUAGCUGGUUUUGUCUGACUCGGUUGAUAGGUUGAUUCAUUUUACUGAACUGUUUUCCUUUUUAAAAUUUCUUUGUUACAAGGGAUGGAAGGCUAUCUUCUGGGGAGGGGAGGGACAUUCUAUCUGAAAAUGAAGAUGAGAUUAAAAAAAUGGCUAUCAAUAAAGGGACCCAAAGUGUU